AUGACGUUGAAGAAGAAACCGGGUAAAGAAGGUUCCACAAAGAACUUUAUCACAAGAACUCAGGCAGUUAGAAGACUUCAAGUUUCUCUGCGUGAUUUUCAGCGUCUAUGUAUUCUCAAAGGGGUUUAUCCGAGGGACGUAGCAAGGGGAGGUACCCUGACUAGCAAGGGUAUUAAUAGGCGAAGACUUAAGAAGGAUAAAAUUUACUACCAUAUAAACGACAUUAGAAAUUUGGCAUCCGGGGAAUUACUGCCGAAGUUUAGAGAUAUAAGCUCGCACCUUAAGAAGUUCAAAAGGCUGGUUGAAAGAGGUGAAAAAUUCGACGCAAAAUUAAAGGCAAAAAACAGACCGAGAUACUCCCUGGCACCAAUAGUCAAGGAAAGAUGCCCCUCACUAGUCUCAGCCUUAGAGGACCUUGAUGAUGCAAUUUCUACUAUCGCAGCCGUCUCAGGUAUUCCACCCAACCUUUUCAUUCGUAAACGAAUUCUAAUUUUGUUUAUAGGAUUAUCAGGAGAUGAGUCCAGGGGUUUGAAUCCUACGCUAGUUUCCAAGUGUUCAACUCAGCUGAAUCACUUUUUGAAGUACGUAGCAGAUACAGGGUGCCUCAAAAAGACUUUCAUCUCAAUCAAAGGAUUCUACUUUCAGGCUGUUAUCCUAAACGUUACCGUUACAUGGAUACAACCACACUCCUUUUCACAGAAAUUGCCAUAUGAAGUUGAUUUCAAUGUGAUAAGUACCUUUGUGGAGUAUUAUUUAGAACUAGUAAAGCUGGUUAAUUACAAGCUUUAUUUGAUGGCGAACAUCGAGUAUCCGCCCAAAACAAGGCCCGGGCUUGAAGAUCUUGGGGACGAAUUCUACAACUUUGAACUCAAACGAGUAGCUUCAGAACCAGGUCUUUUUGCAAACCUGCGCUUCUUCAUUUCAAAGGAAGUUCCACUCACACCCACUUCACUUGUGAUCUUAAGUGCAGGCGGUGUAAUAGUUGAUUCUCCCAAAGAAGCUACCCAUGCGAUCGUCGACAAACCACUAACAGAGCUGGAAUUUACAUGCAAUUAUGUACAGCCUCAGUAUGUGUUUGACUGUUUGAACUGCAAUGUUGUCCUUCCAACUUCACAAUAUUCUCUUGGAGCUAAAUUACCGCACCAUUUAUCGCCUUUCGAGGAUGGAGUGUAUGUGCCUGACCGUAAAGUAGAGUUGGAGAAGAUAAUAAGAGAAGCAACUGGAAAGAAACCAGAAGAAAGAGGAGAUAAAGACCAGAGCAAUUAUAUUGAGGAUUUGACGGAGGAGCUGGUAAGUGUAGUUUUCGGUCAAAAUUUCUAUAGAAUCCUGAGCUCAGGAAGCUUAGAAGAUCUCUAA